AUGAAUAAUAUACCUCGUACAAAAAGGUUCAGUGGCAAUAGUACAGCUUUAGAAUUCCACGACAAGAGCAUUUCUCACAGCAUUUUGGAUGGUCUGCUAGAGUUUUAUCGACAGAAUGAUCUCUGUGAUUUGGUCCUGACUGUUAGCGGUUACGAAUACCCUUGUCAUCGUAGCGUAUUGUCUUGUGUAAGCCCUUACUUCAAAGCCAUGUUCACAAGCGGCAUGCAGGAAUGUAAAACAACAAAAGUACCUUUAAAUGACGUCGAUCCUGUCGCUCUCAGGGCAAUAUUGGAUUAUAUAUACACCUCUGACAUCACUAUAAAUCAAGAUAACGCCCAACAAUUGCUGCACGCGUCUAGUAUGUUUCAAAUGCAGACGCUGUUCCAGGUAUGCUGCUCGUUCCUGAAGACUCAACUAAACUCGAACAACUGCUUCGGUAUACUUAAACUGGCGGAUACGUACACCUGUACAAACUUGAACAACGUCACCAUUGAUUACAUUCUGCAUAAUUUCUGCGAUAUUUGUAAGAACGAGGAGUUCAUGGAGUUGAGCAAGGACGCUCUAAUCAAGUACUUAUCUGAUCGCGAUCUAGUGGUAGAAGAUGAAGAGUUGCUAUGCAACGCACUAAUUAGAUGGAUCGAGUACAACAAGGAGGAGAGGACCAAGCAUGUUGCGAGACUCUUGAGAUUUGUCAAUGUUGCUAAACUAGAGAGACGGUACAUCGACAGACUCCUCACGGAGAUCGACACCGUGAAGAACGUAGAGCGUGCUCAACAAAUUUUAGAAUGUACCCCGAAAACGUUUCGUGGCCAUGACGCAACUGACUCUAGGUACAGUAAUGUUAUGAUUCUCAGCUCACCUGGGAAUGUACAGGGCAGUCUGGAGUUGUUCGACUACGACGCGAUUAAAAAGACGCUCAUACCGUAUGGUGUGGUGAAAGAUAUCACGAUAGAAGGUCAUAUGUCAUCGGUGGCCCUGGUAGAUGGUUACAGAACAUGCCUUCUCAACGGACAGGAUUCGAUAUGGUACGUGGAAGGGACGAAAAAAGGAUGGGUUAAGACACGCCAAAACGUGGAACACUACGGUGGCACUGUGGUGAACAUUGAUGAACAAUUGUACGUCAUUGAGAAUAGCGCCACCUCAGCCGAUAUACUUACUAUGAAAAGUUCGAAAUGUAGCCAUGGUGACUGGCAAGUUGUUACUAGGAUACCAGAUGGUUGUUGCGAUUCCGGCAUUGUUGUGUUGAAUGGGAGGAUUUUCAUUAUUGGGGGCAAUCAGGGCUGUGUGGCUUAUAACCAGUGCUACGAUCUCCGUGCACGCACAUGGACAAAAUUAAAACCUGCUCCUAGAUUGUUCAGUGAAUGUCCCGCUGUCGCUUUGAAUGGGUUCAUUUAUAUUCUUGGUAUCUACUCCACGGAGAAGAAGACCAAUAACGAAGUAUGGAGAUACGAUCCAGACAUCGAUGACUGGUGCCAAGUUGCCGACUUAUCCGUCCCGGGCCCUCAGAUUGGGGCAGUUGCAUGCAACGGAGAGAUACUUUCCUUCUGUACAAGCAAAGCGGAACCCGAAGAUACACCCAUAUCACACGUGGAGGACGUUCCUGGACCUAGCCUGCAAACAAGUACAUCUAUCACCACGUCGUCUGGGACUGUCUACGCGACAGCCGAUGACUUCUACCGAUCAAUUAUGGGGACAUCGACAGAAAAGAACAGUAAACGACAACUGCAUAUUCAACGCUAUGACUUCUCACACAAUAUAUGGUACAGUGAUCAAUGCGAUACACACUGUAUCAACGCGCCCGACCAUGGCAUGUGCUUCUUGCCUUACAAACACUAUAAAACGGUCAAAGUACUGAUGGAAAAAGGACUAGAACACCUAUGA